UCUUGAAGGAAAACAAAUAGGUAAGAGGAUAAGAUAACCCGAUCUCUCUGCUUCCCUAGCUAGCAGAAAAGGGAAGCCAAGGUGAAAUGGGAAGUUCCUCCUGCACCAGAAACGAAACACUUGAGAUGUUCCAAGUGGGACCUUGCGAGAACGCUUACCAAAUGGGUUUCUUGAUUGGCCAGAGAUUCUGCCAACAGAUAAGGAAUAGGGUCGCUAAUGAUCUCAUUCUUCAAAAUCAGCUCCUGCCCUUUGCUCAAACCCCUCACUCACACUCUCUUCUUCAAUCUCUCUUCCAUAAUAAUCGGUCCAAAUUCCCGAGUUACUGGGACGAGCUUCUGGGAACUGCACAAGGAAGCGGUGUUCCUUUUCUUCAUAUACUACUCAUUAACUUCAGGAAGGAGAUUCUGGCUUUUGUUCCGAAAGGAGCUGAUAAAAGUUCAGAUGUGGAUCCCACCGAUGACUGCUCCGAUGUUCUUGUCGUCAGCGAAACUGUGGCCAUUGCAGCCCACAAUGAGGACGCCAAUGUUUCAUUACUCGGCCAUACCUACUUGAUCAGAGGAAUCCUGCCAAAUGGAAUAUUCUUUGUAGCUUGCACAUAUGCUGGAGAGCUUCCAAGCUGUGCCUUUGGGUUCAAUAGCCAUGGACUGGUAUUCACACUGAAUUCAGUACCUCCGAUGGAAGAUGAGGUCGUGGUUGGUGGCAUUGGCCGCAACUUUGUUUCUCGGGACAUUCUUGAAGCUACAAGCAUAGAUGAUGCAAUGAAUAGAAUCCGGUCAUCAGAUGUUUCGGUGGGGCAUAGUUAUAACCUGAUUGAAGUAAGCACGCGUAGGAUUCUAAACGUUGAAACUGCAUCUAGGAAGCGGGUUUCAGUCCAUGAAGUUGGCAAAACACCAUUCUUCCAUGCAAACAUGUAUCUUCAUCUGCAAAUCAAUCAGGUACAAGAUGAGAACUCAAUCAGCAGACAGCAGCGAGCAGCUGUCCUAGCAAAAAAAUCAAAGGAGGACUUCUUGUCACUUCUUGGAGACACAGAGGACAGAAAAUACCCCAUCUACAUGACAGGUCCAUUACUUCACACGCUCUGUACUGCCGUCAUAGAUUUGGACGAACAAACACUAUCAAUACUUUCAGGGAAUCCGAGGAAAGGAAAUGUUUCACAUGUAUUCUCCAUCUCCCAAACGAGCUCAAACUGAUAACGAGCUACUUUUAUGGGUUCAUAUCAUCUUGAGCCAUGAAGAUGUCGUAAAAAUGUACAAGAGUGGGGUGAAUUGGUCCAAGUUUAGGAAUAAUAUCACUAAAUAUAUUGAAAGUGAAGGAGAGAAGCUUUACAUGCGUAUUUAUCCUAAUUCAGUUUUAACUACUUGAAGUUAUAUCUAGCCUUCAAAUCACACUUGAGACUUUCUUCACUUUAUCAAAAUUACUUCGAGCUCUUCA